UAUUGCAAGAGACUUCAAAAAGAUAGAGAAGUUUCAAAAAAGAUAACCAAGUUGUUUCUCUCAAGCAAAGUUCAAAACUUCACAAAACCCUAUUUCAAACCAUUCUCAAUCCUAUGAAAACUUGUCUCUAACCAACAACAACACACAUGAGAACAAUGCCAGUAACAUCAGGAGUUCGAGUCUUCACAUGGUUCUCUCUUCGUAGACACCUAGAAGACAACAUCACCGACCUUCACAAAUGCACAAACCUCAAUUUCAUCAAACAAAUCCACGCACAGCUCAUCAAAUGUCAUCUUCACCAAGACCGUUACAUCGCUCCCAAACUCAUUGCUUCUUAUUCACUCACCAAUCAUAUCUCUUCUGCUGUUAACGUCUUUAACCAAGUCCCUGACCCUAAUGUUCAUCUUUAUAAUUAUCUUAUCAGAGCACAUGCUCUCACAAACAAUGAAUCAAACAGCUUGCUUGCGUUUGCUGCUUUUGAGAAGAUGCAGUUGAGUGGUGUUUUGGCGGAUAAUUUUACUUACCCUUUUCUUUUGAAAGGUUGUAAUGGUGGUUCUUGGUUGAAUUUGGUGAAAAUGGUUCAUGCCCAUGUUGAAAAAUUGGGUUUUUAUGGGGAUAUUUUUGUGCCGAAUUCCUUGAUUGAUUGUUAUUGUAGGUGUGGGGGUGUUGAGAUGGGGGUGAAGUUGUUUGAGGGGAUGGAGGAAAGGGAUGUUGUGAGUUGGAAUACUAUGGUUGGUGGGUUGGUUAAAUGUGGUGAUUUUGAUGGUGCUUUGAAGGUGUUUGAUGAAAUGCCGGAGAGAGAUAGGGUUAGUUGGAAUACGAUGUUGGAUGCAUUUGUGAAAGCGGGUGAAAUGGAGAAGGCUUUUGAAUUGUUUGGGAGAAUGGGUGAGAGGGAUGUUGUUUCUUGGUCUACGAUGGUUUGUGGUUAUAGUAAAAGUGGUGAUAUGGAAAUGGCGAGGAUGUUGUUUGAUAGGUGUCCUAUGAAGAAUUUGGUGUUGUGGACGACGAUAAUAUCUGGGUAUGCUGAGAAGGGGCGGGUGAGGGAGGCGACAAAGUUGUAUGAUGAAAUGGAGGAGGCUGGAUUGAGGCCCGAUGAUGGGUUUUUGAUAAGUAUUUUAUCUGCGUGUGCCGAGUCUGGUAUGCUUGGGUUGGGGAAGAAAAUUCAUGAUUCGGUUCUGAGGUGUAGGUUUAGAUGUAACACUAAGGUUUUGAAUUCCUUCAUUGAUAUGUAUGUUAAGUGUGGUUGUUUGGAUGACGCCUUUGGUGUCUUUAGUGGAAUGAAGGAGAAGAAAGAUUUGGUGUCUUGGAAUUCCAUGAUACAUGGGUUUGGCAUACAUGGACAUGGUGACAAAGCAAUUGAGCUUUUCUCUGCGAUGCUACACGAAGGUUUUGAGCCCGAUAGAUAUACAUUCAUUGGCCUUUUAUGUGCUUGCACCCACGCAGGCCUUGUUAAUGAAGGGCGUAGUUACUUUUAUUCAAUGGAGAGAGUAUACAGGAUUGUUCCCCAAAUUGAGCAUUACGGUUGCAUGAUUGACCUUCUCAGCCGAGGUGGACAUCUAAGAGAAGCUUUUAGGUUUCUGCGCAGCAUGCCUGUGGAACCGAAUGCCAUUAUAUUGGGUACUCUUUUAGGCGCUUGUCGGAUGCAUAAUGAUAUUGAACUUGCAAGAGCUGUAUGUGAACAUUUGUUUAAAUUGGUGCCAUCAGAUCCUGGGAAUUUCUCGCUUCUGUCAAAUAUUUAUGCUCAAGCCGGUGAUUGGAUUAAUGUUGCCAACGUGAGGUUGCAGAUGAAGAUGAAAGGAGGUGAAAAGCCUUCCGGGGUUAGUUCCAUUGAGGUAGAAGAAGAAGUACAUGAAUUUACUGUACUUGAUCAGUCACACCCUAAAUCAGGGGAUAUCUAUAAUAUGAUUGAUAGAUUGGUAGAGGACCUAAGGCAAGUUGGAUAUGUUCCUGGGAUAUCAUAGAUGAAUAUGAUUUGAUUACAUCACUACAUACAGCUGAAAUGAUACCUACAGUUCGAGAAGCGAAUACCAUAAUAUAGUUAUACACAAUGCUGGUUUACUAAACGUUAAGAAAUCGGUUUAGCAAAACAAAUGUGGUAUUCAGGGGCCUUGGGGAAAUACCAGAAAUUUAUGCUACCAAUACAAGCAUCCUGCAAUCCUUGUGAUGCUGGUAGGAGCACGUUUGUAAAGUCAAUGAAAGGGGAUAUUUUGCGAUAAGAGAAUUCUCAAAGAUGAUUAUUGUCUGCCAUUUGUUCUAAAAUGAAGCACUGCUGUAAAUAUGCAUACUGGUGAAUGUUGGCGAUCAAGUCAGCGUAUUUUUUAAACUCAGACAUUUACUUGAGAAUAGGGCUAUUUCUACAACUACUUGUCAGGGGCUUGCCCCUACUGUGUUUUGAUUACAUUGUUGUAGAGGUGGAAAGAUGUUGAUGGAAAAAGAGAUUUGAUCAGAGACGGAGUAGGUGGGCGACGAUGAGUUUGGAGUGAUGUAGAGGCCUUGGUGGAGGUCAGGGAGGCUAUCUUCCAAGUGUCUUCUAUGAAAGAACUAUGUGAAGAUUCACUCUCAAGAUGACACUUGCUUCCUUCUCAUGCCUCACUGAACCAAACACUGCCUUCCACAAUCCACACCCCUUUUUCAAGUUCUGUGUGCUUUUUACUUGAAGUGAAGGAUGACAGAAUUUUUCUCAUCUUACAGCAACAACUUCAACUUGUGAUAUCCUUGCAGUGCCUUCACAAUCAUCACCCGCAUCACUUCUUCCACUGAGAGCGAUCCUGCUGAGACGCUGAAACAUUCUAGGUCUCCUGAAAUUUGAAGCUAGUUACUCACAAAGAAAUGACAUUGUAUCUGACUAGACUUUGAAUCUUUCAUGAACAAAACAGACUGAUGGAUUUUUGUGCCUUGGUGGAAUCUCAAUGCUUUAAUACACUUGUAUAAAAGUAGUUCUGAUUUGGCCACGACAGAAUCUCGACUAAGUAGCGGAGAAAUUGAUGGAAUUCUGAAACAUCCCCAACUUGUUCUGCGAUUUUCAUAGUCACCUGCUGGUUUUUUAUGAAAACGGCGUAACCGGUCAAUCUUCGAGGAAGCAUUGACUAGACUUUGGGAACCUGUUUAUCAUAUCAACCAUUUGGCUAGGGAAGUGUUGCAGAAUCAACAAUGAAAUGAACUGAAUGUGCUAUUGUAUUUAUGAGGUUAGUGAAAAUAAAAAAGUGAAUUUAUUUAAAAGUUAUUGAGGUAAAAAAAAGUUGUUUUAUGUUGACAAAAAUUAAGAUUAAAAUUUGUGUUUAGUAAAUCAUUACCUUAAUCUAAGAAGGUAUGAUCUA